GAUCCCAAGGAGGGGCCAGCAGAAGGGAAAGAGAAAGAAAAGGGGAAGGAAAGGAGGAAGGGAGGAAGAAAGGAGAAGGCUGAGCAAACCAGUAGUAAAGCAAGGAAGCUAACCGGUUAGCAAACAAGAAGGGAAACCAGCAAGAAAGCAAGCCAGCAAACAAGCAAGGAAGGAAACCAGUGAGCAAGCAAUCCAAAGCAGUAUGCAAACAAGAAAGGAGCAAAGUCAGUAAGAAAGCAAGGAGAUGAGCAAGUAAACAAGCCAAGAAACCAGCAAGCGAGCUAUAAAGGAACCACGUAAUCAAGGAAAGAAAGCAAACAAUCCAGAAAGCAAACAGUCUAGCAAGCACACCAGUAAUCGAGCAAGACAGGGAACCAGUACGCGAGGAAGAAAGGAAACCUGUAAACGAAGAAGCCAGUAAGCAAGCAAAUCAGAAAGCAAACAAUCUGGCGAACACAGUAAACAAGCAAGUGAGGAAGAAAGGAAACCAGUAAUCGAAGAAACCAGUAAGCAAUCAAACUAGUAGGAGAGCAAACUAGUAAGCAAGACUGCAAACCAGUGAGGCUUCCACAAAACAAGCAAGGAAGCCACAGAACAAGUGAGCAAACAAGCAAGUCAUCAGUAAACAAAUACACAAACAAACCAGUCUGCAAGUCAUCUGCUGGAAGAAAAAGGGGCCGGAUUGAACUGGUUGCAGCAUCUGAUAAGAGGGCCCAGCAUGUCUUUGGGACGGCGCAUGGAGCGAAGGGGAGGCCGGGACCUUCCUCCCAGGGACUUGGUGGCGGUGGCCUCUCCAGCUGAGUUCCUCACCCGCUUCGGGGGGAAGCGUCUCCUCCAAAAGGUGCUGAUUGCCAACAACGGCAUUGCGGCCGUGAAGUGCAUGCGCUCCAUCCGACGCUGGUCCUACGAAAUGUUCCGGAAUGAGAGGGCCAUCCGCUUUGUGGUCAUGGUGACCCCUGAGGAUCUUAAGGCCAACGCAGAGUACAUAAAGAUGGCUGACCAAUACGUCCCAGUCCCUGGAGGGAGUAACAAUAACAAUUACGCCAAUGUAGAGCUCAUCGUGGACAUCGCCAGGCGCAUCCCGGUCCAGGCCGUUUGGGCCGGAUGGGGCCAUGCUUCUGAAAACCCCAAACUUCCUGAAUUGUUGCACAAGCAUGGGGUUGCCUUUCUAGGUCCGUCCAGCGAAGCCAUGUGGUCUUUAGGGGACAAAGUGGCCUCCACCAUCGUAGCCCAGACACUCAAGGUGCCCACCUUGCCAUGGAGUGGAAGCGGUUUAGUGGCUGAAUGGACUCCUUCAGAAGAAGAAGAGGGUCCGACAAAGACCCUCUUAGUCCCACCAGACACAUACAGAAAGGCCUGUGUGAAGGAUGUCGAGGAAGGCCUGGAGGCUGCCAAGAGGAUUGGCUUCCCAGUUGUGAUCAAGGCCUCGGAAGGAGGAGGCGGGAAAGGGAUCCGGGUGGCAGAAACGGCUGAAGGUUUCCCUGCUCGAUUCCGGCAGGUCCAAAGCGAGGCUCCGGGAUCCCCCAUGUUUGUGAUGUGCUUCCUGCCUCAUUCCCGCCACGUGGAGGUCCAGGUCCUGGCCGACCAGUACGGUAAUGCCCUCUCCUUAUUCACCCGAGACGGCUCCCUCCAACGGCGGCACCAGAAGAUCAUUGAGGAGGCCCCCGCCUCGGUGGCCCCACCCUCCGCCUUCCGUUGCAUGGAGCAGUGGGCAGUGCGCCUGGCUAAGAGUGGGGGCUUUGUGGGGGCCGGGACGGUGGAGUACCUCUACGCAGAAGGAGGGGCUCCUUACUUCCUGGAGCUGAACCCCCGCCUCCAGGUGGAGCACCCCUGCACUGAGAUGGUGGCCGACGUCAACCUCCCGGCAGCACAGCUCCAGAUUGCAAUGGGGGUCCCUCUGCACCGGAUCAAGGACAUCCGCACUCUCUAUGGGGAGCCCCCCUGGGCUGACACCCCAAUAUCCUUUGAUAAUCCCAGCACUGUCCCAGUGCCCAGGGGCCACGUGAUUGCUGCCCGGAUCACUAGCGAGAACCCAGAGGAGGGCUUCAAGCCCAGCUCUGGGACGGUGCAGGAGCUGAACUUCCGCAGCAGCCGGGACGUUUGGGGAUACUUCAGUGUGGCGGCUGCCGGGGGGCUCCACGAAUUUGCCGACUCCCAGUUUGGACACUGCUUCUCCUGGGGAGAGGACCGAGAGGAGGCCAUUGCGAACCUGGUGGUGGCCCUGAAGGAACUGUCCAUCCGGGGGGACUUCCAGACCACUGUCGAGUAUCUGGUCAAGCUGUUGGAGACGGAGGCCUUCCGGGCCAACGAGGUUGACACUAGUUGGCUGGACCAUCUGAUUGCAGGGAAUGUCCAGGCAGAGAAGCCAGACACCAUGCUGGGAGUGGUUUGUGGGGCGUUGAAUGUGGCCGACGCUGCCUUCCGGACCUGCAGGGACGACUUCUUGCAUUCCCUGGAAAGGGGCCAAGUGCUGCCGGCCACUUCCCUCCUGAAUCUCGUUGAUGUUGAACUCAUUUCCGAUGGCAUUAAAUACGUCCUGAAGGUGGCACGCCAGUCUCUGAGCACCUAUGUGGUCCUGAUGAACGGCUCCCUCCUGGAGGUAGAUGUCCACCGACUGAAUGAUGGUGGACUCCUCCUCUCCUUCGGUGGGAGCAGCCACACUACCUACAUGCAAGAGGACCUUGGCAGGUACCGCAUCACUGUUGGCAAUCAAACCUGCGACUUUGAGAAGGAGAACGAUCCAACGCUGCUCCGCUCUUCUUCUGCCGGGAAGCUGCUGCAUUACACUGUGGACGAUGGGAGCCAUGUCUGUGCUGGAGACAGCUAUGCAGAAAUGGAGGUUAUGAAGAUGGUAGUGACCCUCUCCGUGGAGGACUCUGGGGUCAUCCAUUACCUGAAACGCCCCGGCACCCUGCUGGAGCCCGGAUGCAUCAUCGCCAAGCUGGAACUGGACAACCCCAGCAAAGUUCACCCAGCCCAGCUCUACACCGGAGGCCUCCCUUCACAGCAGCCCCUGCCCCUCCUCGGGGGGAAUCCCCACCAGGUCUUUCGAAAUGUCCUGGACAGCCUUGUGAAUGUCCUGAAUGGGUACUGCUUGCCGGAGCCCUACUUCAGCACCAAGGUUCAGGAGUGGGUCAGGACGCUGAUGGAGACCCUGCGGGACCCCUCCCUGCCCCUCCUGGAGCUGCAGGACCUCAUGACCAGCCUCUCGGGACGCCUGCCACCCUCUGUGGAGAAGGCCAUACGGAUGGCCAUGGCCCAAUACGCCAGCAACGCCACCUCUGUCCUCUGCCAGUUCCCCAGCCAGCAGAUCGCCAGUAUCCUGGACAGUCAUGCUGCAACAUUGCAACGCAAGGCCGAUCGGGAGGCCUUCUUCAUGGACACCCAGAGCAUUGUCCAGCUGGUCCAAAGGUACCGCAGUGGGAUCCGGGGCCACAUGAAGUCGGUGGUCUUGGACCUCUUGAGGCGCUACUUGCAGGUGGAGUCCGAGUUCCAGCAAGCUCAUUAUGAGAAGAGUGUGAUGCGCCUGCGGGAGCGCCACUUGCGGGACAUGUCCCCGGUCCUGGGCUGCCUCUUCUCCCACUCCCAAGUGGCCUACAAGAACCGCCUGGUGGCCAGCCUCAUCGAGCAGCUCUGGGGCCGAGACCCAACUCUGACGGAGGAGCUGGAAACCAUCUUGAAUGAACUGACACAGCUGCACCGGACGGAGAAUGCCAAGGUGGCCCUCAGGGCCAGGCAGGUGUUGAUUGCAUCCCACCUGCCAUCCUACGAACUGAGGCUCAACCAGGUGGAGUCCAUCUUCCUCUCAGCCAUCGAUCUGUAUGGGCACCAGUUCUGCCCUGAAAACCUCAAGAAGUUGAUCCUUUCAGAAACCACCAUCUUUGACGUCUUGCCCACUUUCUUCUAUCACGACAAGCCAGUGGUCCGCAUGGCAGCCUUGGAGGUUUAUGUACGGAGGGCCUACAUAGCCUAUGAGCUACAAGGCCUGCAGCACCGCCCCUUGACUGAUAACACCUGCCUCCUGCAAUUCCAGUUCAGGCUGCCCUCCUCCCAUCCUAACAGGAUGUGUAUCCCGGUAGGGCUCUCGAACCCGGACUUGUCCCGUCACAGCACUGAGCUCUUCAUGGACAGCGGCUUCUCCCCUCUUUCCCAGCGGAUGGGCGUCAUGGUGGCCUUUGACCACUUCCAGGACUUCACUAGGAACUUCGAUGAGGUCAUUUCCUGUUUUGCGGACCCACCCUCGGAGGGGCCCCUCUUCCGGGAUGCCAGGGCUACCCGUUAUGACGAAGAAGACGAAGAAGAGGAUCAGAAGAAUCUCCGGGAGGAGCCCAUCCAUAUCCUGAAUGUUGCCCUCCGUUUUGUGGAUCAAGGCGAAGAUGAGGAGCUGGUGCCUGUCUUCCGGUCCUUUGCACAGUCCAAGAACAAUAUCCUCAUGGAUUAUGGGCUCCGAAGAAUCACGUUUUUGAUCAUGCAGCAAAGGGAGUUUCCCAAGUUUUUCACCUUCCGGGCCCGAGACAAGUUUGGUGAGGACCGCAUCUACCGGCACCUGGAGCCUGCCUUGGCUUUCCAGCUGGAGCUGAGCCGCAUGCGCCACUUCCACCUGCAGGCCUUGCCUUGCGCCAACCACAAGAUGCAUCUCUAUCUGGGGACCGCCAGGGUCAGGGCCCGCCCUGAGAGCACCGACCAGCGCCUCUUUGUCCGUGCUAUCGUCCGACACUCAGAUCUCAUCACCAAGGAGGCCUCCUUUGAGUACCUGCAGAAUGAAGGAGAGCGCCUGUUGCUGGAGGCCAUGGAUGAGCUGGAGGUAGCCUUCAAUGACAAAGGCCUCCGUACCGACUGCAACCAUAUCUUCCUCAACUUUGUCCCCACCGUCGUCAUGGAUCCUGCCAAGAUUGAGGAGUCUGUGCGCUCAAUGGUGAUGCGCUACGGGCGCCGUCUGUGGCGGCUGCGUGUCCUUCAGGCUGAGGUCAAGAUCAACAUCCGCCUGUCGCUCUCUGACCCCGCCCUCCCUGUCCGCCUCUUCCUCACCGACGAAUCUGGGUACCGCCUGGACAUCAGCCUGUACAGGGAGGUCUAUGACCCCAGCACUGGAAGUAUCAUGUUCCAUUCCUUUGGGGAAAAGCAGGGACCCCUGCACGGGAUGCUCAUCAACACGCCAUACGUCACCAAGGAUCUGCUGCAGUCCAAGCGCUUCCAGGCCCAGUCCCUGGGCACCACCUACGUCUACGACUUCCUGGAAAUGAUCCGGCAGGCUCUGUUCAAAUUAUGGUGUUCCUCGGAGUCAUGCCCUGCGGAGGUCUUGACCUUUACGGAGCUAGUGCUGGACUCCCAGGGCAAACUGAUGCAGAUGAAUCGCCUUCCCGGUGGGAACGGGAUCGGGAUGGUGGCCUUCAAGAUGGAGCUGAGGACUCCUGAAUACCCCACGGGCCGCGAGGUGGUGUUCAUUGUCAACGACAUCACCUACAAGAUGGGGUCAUUUGGCCCCGAGGAGGAUCUCCUCUUCCUGCGCACCUCAGAGCUGGCCAGGGCCGAGGGCAUCCCCAGGAUCUACGUGGCUGCCAACAGUGGGGCCCGCAUCGGAUUUGCUGAGGAGGUCAAGCACAAGUUCCAAGUGGCCUGGGUUGAUCCCGCUGACCCCUACAAGGGAUUCAAAUAUCUGUACCUGACCCCCCAGGACUACACCAAGAUCAGUUCCUCAAACGUGGUGCAUUGCAAACACGUGGAGGAGGCCGGCGAAUCCAGGUACAUCCUCACUGACAUAAUUGGCAAAGACGAAGGCUUCGGGGUGGAGAAUCUCAGGGCAGCGGCAGCCAUUGCAGGGGAGUCGUCCCUUGCCUAUGAUGAAAUCGUCACAAUUAGCAUGGUCACUUGCCGUGCCAUUGGGAUCGGGGCCUAUUUGGUGAGGCUUGGCCAGCGGGUCAUUCAGGUGGAAAACUCCCAUAUCAUACUGACAGGCGCCGCAGCUCUGAAUAAGGUCUUGGGCAGGGAAGUCUACACUUCCAGCAACCAACUGGGAGGAGUGGAAAUCAUGCACAACAAUGGCGUCUCCCAUGUUGCCGUCCCUGAUGACUUCGAAGGUGUCUACACCAUACUGCAAUGGCUCUCCUAUAUGCCAAAGGACAAUCACAGCCCGUUACCCAUCAUGCUACCCACUGACCCCAUUGAGAGAGAGAUCGAGUUUUUCCCUCCCAAAGGUCCCUAUGAUCCCCGAUGGAUGCUGGCUGGGAGGCCUCACCCCACGACAAAGGGAUCGUGGCAAAGUGGCUUCUUUGACCAUGGCUCCUUCUCAGAAAUCAUGCAGCCUUGGGCCCAGACAGUGGUGGUCGGCCGAGCCAGGUUGGGAGGGAUCCCAGUUGGGGUCAUUGCUGUGGAAACAAGGACAGUAGAGCUGGCAGUCCCUGCUGACCCUGCGAACCCUGAGUCGGAAGCAAAGCUCAUCCAGCAAGCUGGACAGGUCUGGUUCCCCGAUUCGGCAUUCAAGACAGCUCAAGCUAUUAGGGAUUUUGAUCGCGAGCGCCUGCCACUCUUGGUAUUUGCUAACUGGAGGGGCUUCUCCGGAGGCAUGAAAGAUAUGUACGAUCAGGUGUUGAAGUUUGGGGCCUACAUCGUGGACAGCCUGCGACAAUUCAAGCAACCAGCCCUGGUCUACAUCCCACCACACAGUGAGCUGCGGGGUGGCUCCUGGGUGGUCAUUGACCCCACUAUCAACCCUCUGCACAUGGAGCUCUAUGCCGACAGGGAGAGCCGGGGCGGCAUCUUGGAGGCGGAGGGCACCGUGGAGAUCAAGUUCCGCAAGAAAGACCUGGUUAAAACCAUGCGGAGAGUUGACAAGACCUGUGCUAGUAUCGCACAGAGGCUGGGUGCCCAAGAUCUCCCCAAAGAGAAGCGCCAAGAUUUGGAGAUGCAGCUGCAGGCGAGGGAGGAACACCUUCUCCCAAUCUACCACCAGGUGGCAGUACAGUUUGCCGACCUCCAUGACACUCCAGGACGCAUGCAGGAGAAGGGGGUCAUCACGGAUAUACUCCAGUGGAAAACUGCCCGUAGCUUCUUCUACUGGCGUCUACGGCGCCUCCUUUUGGAGGAAGUUGUAAAGGCGGACAUCCUCAGCGCCAACCACGAACUCAGCAACAGCCAUAUCCAGUCCAUGCUGCGCCGGUGGUUCCUGGAGACAGAAGGGACAGUCAAGGGCUACCUCUGGGACAACAACCAGGUGGUGGUGGAAUGGCUGGAGAAACACUUGAAGGAGGAAGAUGGAGCCAAGUCUGCCAUCCGGGACAACAUCAAGUACCUGAAGCGAGACUACGCCCUCAAGCACAUUCGGAACUUGGUCCAAGCCAACCCUGAGGUGACCAUGGACUGCAUCAUCCACAUGACCCAGCAUCUCUCGAGGGCCCAGCGGACCCAAGUCGUCCGGCUUUUGGCCACCAUGGACAACCCAACUUCCUCUUGAGGAGAGAUGACCGAUGGAUCAAGGCCAACAGACGGGUCCAUCCAUGGACCAUGGACCACUAAGUGACAAUUGUAUACAGCUUCUUCAAUGGAGGAUCCAUAAUGUUUCCCAAUGGUAUGAUAGAGACAAAUGUUAUUUUUUGAAGAGGAAUUGAGUACCUAAAGCGUAGAAACAAAGGCUCUGAAAAAUACUGGCAAGUUACAUUUAUGGGUAUUUGGAUUAUUGUGUUGAGUUUGUGGCAACCUCAACUGUGGUCUUAUUCAUAUACAAAUACAAUGCAGUAUUCAUAUAUUUGGCUUAUGGCAAAAUACUAAUAUAUUAAUUAUUAUUAUAUUAACAUUGAUAUCAAUAUAGUAUAAUAAUGACAAUAUUAAUAAAUAUUAAUAUAAUACUAUAACAUGUCAGUAAUAGGAAUUAAUAUGAUAAUAACAAAAUAUGACAUUAAUAUUAUGUACUAAUAUAAUUAUAUUAUAUUAAUAUAUAUUAUUAAUGUGGUAAUGGAUCCACCAUAUUUGAGUAAUAUGAGCCUAUCCUAUAAACAUUCUUAUAUGACUACAUAUUAUUACAUAUUAAUGUAUAUUGAUAUAUUAAUAAUAUUAAUAUUUUGCUGCAAGCCAAAAUAAUAUUUAAUGCAGCAAAGGAUCCACAAUAUUUGAGAAAUUUGAGGCUGUUUUACAAAAAUUCAACUCAUAUUAAUACAUUAAUAUAUUAAUAUUAAUA